CCCCUAGAGAAGAGAAGCUGCAGCCCCUGCAGGACGGGGGCCUGCAUCGCUAUGGGUUCUACCGCUGCCCCAGAGGGAGCGCUGGGCUAUGUCCGCGAGUUUACUCGCCACUCCUCCGACGUGCUCGGCAAUCUGAAUGAGCUGCGCCUGCGCGGGAUCCUCACUGACGUCACGCUGCUGGUUGGCGGGCAACCCCUUCGGGCACACAAGGCUGUGCUUAUCGCCUGCAGUGGCUUCUUCUACUCAAUUUUCCGGGGCCGUGCGGGAAUAGGGGUAGAUGUGCUCUCCUUGCCUGGCGGCCCGGAAGCCAGAGGCUUCGCUCCUCUUCUUGACUUCAUGUAUACUUCACGCCUGCGCCUUUCUCCGGCCACUGCACCAGCUGUCCUUGCGGCUGCCACCUACUUGCAGAUGGAACACGUGGUCCAAGCAUGCCACCGCUUCAUCCAGGCCAGCUAUGAACCUCUUGGCAUCUCUCUGCGGCCUCUGGAGGCAGAACCACCCACACCCCCAACGGCCCCUCCACCAGGCAGUCCCAGGCGCUCUGAAGGGCACCCAGACCCACCUACUGAGUCUCGAAGCUGCAGUCAAGGCUCCCCAAGUCCUGCCAGCCCAGACCCCAAAGCCUGCAACUGGAAAAAGUACAAGUUUAUCGUGCUAAACUCUCAGACCUCCCAAGCAGGGAGCCUGGUGGUGGAUAGGAGUUCUGGUCAGCCUUGCCCCCAAGCCAGGCUGCCCAGUGGAGAUGAAGCCUCCAGUAGCAGCAGCAGUGAAGAAGGACCCAUUCCUGGUCCUCAGAGUAGGUUCUCUCCAGCAGCUACCACUGCACAGUUCAAUUGUGGGGCUCCAGCCAAUACCUCCCACCUCCUCACAUCUCAUGCUCAAGAGACCACUGGGACACCCUCUGAGCAGGCUCGUCCACUACCAGGAAGUGAAUUUUUCAGCUGCCAGAACUGUGAAGCUGUGUCUGGGUGCUCAUCUGGGCUGGACCUCUUGGCUCCUGGGGACGAGGACAAGCCCUAUAAAUGCCAACUCUGUCGGUCUGCCUUCCGCUACAAGGGCAAUCUGGCCAGUCACCGGACAGUGCACACAGGGGAAAAGCCCUACCACUGCUCCAUCUGCGGGGCCCGUUUUAACCGGCCGGCUAACCUGAAAACGCACAGCCGCAUCCAUUCCGGAGAGAAGCCCUAUAAGUGUGAAACGUGCGGCUCGCGCUUCGUCCAGGUAGCACACCUGCGCGCCCACGUGCUGAUCCACACUGGGGAGAAACCUUAUCCUUGCCCUACCUGCGGGACCCGCUUCCGCCACCUACAGACCCUCAAGAGCCAUGUUCGCAUCCACACGGGAGAGAAGCCUUACCACUGCGACCCCUGCGGCUUGCAUUUCCGGCACAAGAGUCAACUGCGGCUGCAUCUGCGCCAGAAACACGGAGCUGCUACCAACACCAAAGUGCACUACCACAUUCUGGCGGGGCCCUAGCUGAUGGGCUCAGACCCUACCGCUUCUCUGGGGGCCGGCAAAGCUGCAGGCUCAGGUCUUUCUUCUUAUCAGGCUUGGGCAUCAGGGUGUGCAAGGCCACUCUAAUGUCAGAAACCCUUACCCCUUUAAUUCCUUGCUGGGAAGAGCAGGGGUGGCAGAUCCCAGCUAGAUCUGCCUCCGUUUUGCUGGUCAAAACCUCUUCCCCACAAUCCAGAUUGUUUCUGAGGAGAGAGCUAGCUAGGAGCUGGGAAGGAGAGAAAUCAGAGGCCUGGUUUCUUUAAGAGAACAGCCCUGAGGCCCCAUCUCAGUGUAUCUGUAAAUAUAAUUUAUUGAGGCCUUUGGGUGGCACCAGGGCCUUUAUACUAUUGCAUUUCCCACUUCCCCCUUCCACAAGUGAGCUCAAAAGUGACCUGAUGCACAGAAGGUAAGGUCACAACUCUGCUGGCAGAGAUGAACACUCAGCUCUUCCUCAGCCUGAGUGUUUUGUACUGUUGUCAUACUAGUAUCUUUAGAAUUGUCCUUUCUUUUGUGUGCUUGUUGGUUUGUCUGAAUCUGCCUCUCCAGUUCUAGGUCUGGAAUCUUUAUUGGUUCUAGGGCAGCUCUGGGAACAAGUGAGAUGUGGGGUCAGGAACCCUCUCUGGUAUUCUGGAUGUUGUAGGUUCUCCAGCAAGCUGGAACUGGAUAGAGGCUUUUUCUUCAAAGGUGAUGGGAACCUUUUUGGCGAGCCGAAAAUGGAGGUAAUUAAAUGCCUCCUGGCUCUGGAUUCAGCAUCAUUCUAAGCAAAAACUGGUUGUCUUUCCUGCAAGAUGGUCCCAUUAAUCUGGUCACUGAGUUGGCUCCAGUGUUUCCAUUUCUCAUGUGGGGCUUGAGCUGAGUCCACAGCCUUCCCACUAGGGCUUGUUCUUAGCACCGAGUUAAUCCCUCUGUCGGGGAGAGAUCUGAAAAUCUUUAUCAACGGUGAUGUGACAUUUUCUGAUGCCACCCAGUAUCUAGGAAGGUUAUGACCAGGGGGAGAAUUACAUCUUUAUUGCAGAAGUAUCUGGGUUUGAAUGCCCAUUGAGGUUCUUUCUACUGAGAUGAGCCCCUUCUUUUAAUGGGUUUUUGGACAUCUUCUGGCAAGUGUCCAGAUUCCAGUAACUUCUUUGCCUCUAGAGGUCACAGGUGCUUAGAAGCUUUACUUACCUUAGAGAAGCUGGGUCUGUGACCCAGUCUUCCCGUCACUGCAUUUCUGUCUGGAGCCAGUGAAUGUGCUAGAAACUUCUACAGGAAAAGAAAAGGGGCUGAGUUCCGUUCUGGGAUUGCUGUAGUUUGGGAUUAUGAUUGGGAUUCUUGUUGUGAUUAGAGAUUUAAAACGCUGAUUGGCUGAUGGGCCAACAGUCCCUCUAGCUGAUCAAGUUUCCAGGUAGGAUUAAGAGAUCGGUUGAGGGGCACAGUUUUCUGGUGUAGGCCAAGUAGGUAGAAGGUUAGGAAUGGGGUUCCCUCCCAGCUGGGUGGAGUAUCUGAAAUGCUAGAUGAUACUCUGAAGCCUUAAAUUAAUGUCCUGCCCCUCGUUGCCCUGGGGCCUAUUUGAUUAUGGGACAUGGGUGGAGGGUAAGAAGCACUUUUGAAUGGUGGGGUGGAACUUCCUCAAGAUAAGUCAGUCCUAGUAGCUGUCACUUGGGGACUACUGAGAAAGCCACUGUUCUCCCUCUUUCCUUCUUACACUCCAUUGCAGAAUUGAAGGAGGAGGGAGGGAAAGUAGAGGAGAAAUGUGAGAAGCAACUACGAUUUCUAUUUAGCGGAUGGGAUGGGCAGGUGGAGAGUGCCUGGGAAUGGCGAUGUUAGAUCUUGCAAGAUCAGAUCCUUGGAAUAAAGAAGCCUCUCUGUGCUGCCUGUUGUGUCCUGGGUUCUUGUCCGGGUGAGGGAUCUAGAGACUGGGAUAGAGGGUUUUUCCCUCCAGAAUAACAUCCUAGAUUCUGUGCCCACUCCACUCUCCCAUCCCACUAAGCAUUUUAAAUGGUCCCUGUUC